AUGGACUGCGAUAUCGUCAGGUCGUCGGCCGUCUAUAGCAGUGGUCCCGCUGUCUUCGGAAAAGUCGCCCUUCAGAAGUUUUCCGCCAACGUUAUACGCGAGGAGGAGACUUCAUGGACGAGGAGUGCCUUGCGUUCCGUGAUGUUUCACCGCAAGCUCCUACACUUUUUCCUAGCCGCUCGCGACAAGGCCGUUGUGAGGUUGUCCGAAGCAGAAGAUUCUGGCGCACCUGUAAAGACCGUGGAAGCUUUCUGUACACCGAAUGGUGCCUGGUUUCCCGACAGUGGUACUUGCUCAAAUGCGGAGAAGAGGGCUUGGGAUUUUGAGCAGCUUCACAGGCGUUUGAUGAUUGUUGGCGAGAAGUGUGCUGCUAACCUGGGCCUGACCGAUGGAUUCCGGAUGGCUGUGAGAUACCCCCCCUCAGGCCCUUCCGACUACCGCACGCGUCUCUGUAUUCUGGGUGGCCGUCAGUUGGGCCAGCCUCCCGGCUAA